AUGGGGUGCAUGUUUUGCGUUCCGAAGAAAGAUAAAGCGAAAGCGCAGAUCCUCUUGGACGAAGCGAGGCACUAUGAUCCGAGCCAAACAGACGUCCUUGGAUACACGAAGCUUGGGUUCGUAAAACCUGGAAUCGAUUCUGUCGAGGUCGACGUUGGGUUCACAUACCUCUUGUCUCAAUCCUUUCCAAAGUGGCUGGUAAAUGUGAUCGACAAACUGUCUUCCACAGGCUUCAAACAAAACCCAAACGAAGAGAAAUACGAGGAGCACACCGUGGAUAUUCUGGAUGCUCGGAAGCGUGACUUGAGGUUUGAAGAUGCCGGGUUUACCCUGGUCAGCAUGAACGAGCCGAGCAAGACCACUGACUGGAGAUCUAAAAACGACGUCAAGAAGUUUCAAGAAGAGAUUCGACCAGAAUUGUUGAGGCUUCAUCCUGGUGCCACUCGAGUCGAAUUCACCUACAGCGUUGUUCGAGGCGGAAACAAGUUGGGUGACCAACCAGCUGCAGUCAAUAUGGCCCACCUGGACUACUUUCAAGACGAUCAAGCAAGAGUUGAGUUUCAUGAAGAGUAUCCUGUGAACGAAAAAGUGACAGAGCAUCUUGCAUUGCUAGGAAGAUGGGACACUGAAGAAGACGAAGUCAGGGCAAUGAUCGGCAUAUGGAAACCUAUCAAUAUGAAGAAUCCAGUAUAUGAUCACCCGUUUGCGAUGAUGGAUGCCCGGACAUUCCACCCAGAGAACGAAGUUCAGCAACCAGUGCACUUUGAUAUCGGUCUUUUCAAGUUGCAUAACCUGAAUGGCGCCUUCACAUAUCACGAAGGCCAACGAUGGUACUACUAUUCGAACCAGGUUGAGACAGAAGUUGCGGUGUUCACCCACUACAGUAAGGGAAAGCAUUUCGCGAACCCACAUACGUCUUUCCUGAACCCCAAUCGUCCUAUUGACUCCUCCGAAUAUGACAGUCGGCAAUCUGUCGAAAUGAGAGCUGCUGUCUUCUUUCCCAAGGAAGUGACGAGCACUGUCGCCCACUGA